UCGCAGACAUGUGUGGGAUUUGGGCGCUGUUCGGCAGCGACGACUGCCUCUCCACGCAGUGCACCAGCGCCAUGAAGAUCGCCCACCGCGGGCCCGACGCCUUCCGCUUCGAGAACGUCAACAGCUUCACCAACUGCUGCUUCGGGUUCCACCAGCUGGCCAUCGUGGACCGCCUGUAUGGCAUGCAGCCUCUUAGGGUCAAGACGUUCCCCUUCCUGUGGCUCUGCUACAACGGAGAGAUCUACAACCACCUGCAGCUGAAGGAGAAGUUUGAGUUUGAGUACCAGACUAAGGUGGACGGGGAGAUCCUGCUGCACCUCUACGAGCGUUUUGGGAUUGAGAAGAUGGUGACUCUCCUGGACGGCGUCUUCGCCUUCGUCCUGCUGGACACGGCAAACAGGAAGGUCUGCCUGGGGCGAGACACCCUUGGGGUGCGGCCGAUGUUCCGUAUGCUGACUGACGACGGCUUCCUGGCCGUCUGCUCUGAAGCCAAAGGCCUGACGGAGAUCACCCACUCCAUGGCCAGCCCCCCCGAGAUCGCCCCCUUCCCCCCGGGACACUUUGAGGUCUUCACCCUGAAGAGCAGCGGGAAGGUGGAGUCUGUUCAGCUCAAGCGUUUCCACAGCUGCACCGACGAGCCCAAACAUGCCGUCCACGACAGCUUCAGGGGCCUCCUUUCAGGGUUUGAUCUGGAGACGGUAAAGAGCAACAUCAGGCUCCUGUUUGAGAACGCCGUGAGGAAGAGGCUGAUGGCCCACCGAAGGAUCGGCUGCUUGCUGUCAGGUGGGCUGGACUCUAGUCUGGUUGCCGCGACGCUGGUGAAGCUGGGGAAGGAGGAUGAGCUGAAGUACCCAGUACAGACCUUCUCCAUCGGCACAGAGGACAGCCCUGAUAUCCUGGCAGCCCGCAAGGUGGCGGCACACAUUGGCAGCGAACACCACGAGGUGAACUUCAACCCUGAGGAGGGCAUCCGGGCCAUCCAGGAAGUCAUCUACCACCUGGAGACGUAUGACGUCAGUAGCAUACGUGCCUCUAUUGUGAUGUAUCUGGUGUGCAAGUACAUCCGCGAGAAGACGGACAGUGUGGUGAUCUUCUCUGGGGAAGGAUCGGAUGAGCUCACCCAGGGGUACAGCUACUUCCACAAGGGCCCUUCUCCUGAGGCAGCAGCAGAGGAGAGUGAGAGGCUGAUGAGGGAGCUCUACCUGUUUGAUGCGCUGAGAGCCGACCGCACCACUGCCGCACACGGUUUGGAGCUGAGGGUCCCGUUCCUGGAUCACAGAUUAUGUGCAUAUUACCUGUCCUUACCCGGAGAGAUGAGAACCCCCAAGGAUGGAGUGGAGAAGCACCUCCUGAGAGAGUCAUUUAAGGGGCUGAACUUGAUCCCUGACGACAUCCUGUGGAGACGCAAGGUGCCUUUUAGUGACGGAGUCACCUCCAACAAGAAGUCCUGGUUCAGCUACCUGCAGGACCAUGUAGAGACUGAGGUGAACGACUCCCAGUUGGAGAGCGCAGCUAAAGUGUUCCCCCACUGCACCCCUAAAACCAAAGAGGCCUAUUACUACCGCCAGGUGUUUGAGAAGUACUACCCGGGCCGGGCUGGCUGGCUGUCCCAUUACUGGAUGCCCUGGUGGAUCAAGGCCACCGACCCCUCGGCCAGAACCGUAUCCAUCUGCACACCCAACAAGGACCAGUGACUGGAGACACGUUGCCAUGGCAACAAUGCCACCUCCUGUCCGUAAACCCCGCCCACUCCUAAACCAGCAGCCAGUCGUAUUCACUCUCACAAAUAAUGAGACAACAAGAAAUCACAUCUCUGGAUGGGUGAGCAUUACC